AUGUGCUGGUGUGGUAGUCUCAGCCCCAGCCCCAGCCUCAGCCCCAGUCUCAGUCUCAGCCCCAGCCUAAGCCUCUGCCCCAGCCCCAGCCCCAGCCCCAGCCUCAGCCCCAGCCCCAGCCUCAGCCUCAGCCUCAGCCCCAGCCUCAGCCCCAGCCUCAGCCUCAGCCCCAGCCUCAGUCUCAGCCCCAGCCUCAGCCUCAGCCUCAGCCUCAGCCUAAGCCUCUGCCUCAGCCUCAGCCCCAUCCUCAGCCCCAGCCUCAGCCCCAGCCUCAGCCCCAGCCCCAGCCCCAGCCUCAGCCCCAGCCCCAGCCUCAGCCUCAGCCUCAGCCCCAGCCUCAGCCCCAGCCUCAGCCCCAGCCUCAGUCUCAGCCUCAGCCUCAGCCCCAGCCUCAGCCCCAGCCCCAGCCUCAGUCUCAGCCCCAGCCUCAACCCCAGCCUCAACCCCAGCCUCAGCCCCAGCCCCAGCCUCAGCCCCAGCCCCAGCCUCAGUCUCAGCCUCAGCCUCAGCCCCAGCCUCAGCCCCAGCCUCAGCCCCAGCCUAAGCCUCAGCCUCAGCCCCAGCCUCAGCCUCAGCCCCAGCCUCAGCCUCAGCCUCAGCCCCAGCCUCAGCCCCAGCCUCAGCCCCAGCCUCAGUCUCAGCCUCAGCCCCAGCCUCAGCCCCAGCCUCAGCCUCAGCCCCAGUCUCAGCCCCAGCCCCAGCCUCAGUCUCAGCCUCAGCCUCAGCCUCAGCCCCAGCCUCAGCCUCAGCCCCAGCCUCAGCCCCAGCCUAAGCCUCAGCCCCAGCCUCAGCCCCAGCCUCAGCCCCAGCCUCAGCCCCAGCCCCAGCCUCAGUCUCAGCCCCAGCCUCAACCCCAGCCUCAACCCCAGCCUCAGCCCCAGCCCCAGCCUCAGCCCCAGCCCCAGCCUCAGUCUCAGCCUCAGCCUCAGCCCCAGCCUCAGCCCCAGCCUCAGCCCCAGCCUAAGCCUCAGCCCCAGCCUCAGCCCCAGCCUCAGCCCCAGUCUCAGCCCCAGCCCCAGCCUCAGUCUCAGCCUCAGCCUCAGCCUCAGCCCCAGCCUCAGUCUCAGCCUCAGCCUCAGCCUCAGCCCCAGCCCCAGCCCCAGCCCCAGCCCCAGCCUCAGCCCCAGCCCCAGCCUCAGCCCCAGCCCCAGCCUCAGCCUCAGCCUCAGCCCCAGCCUCAGCCCCAGCCUCAGCCCCAGCCUCAGUCUCAGCCUCAGCCCCAGCCUCAGCCCCAGCCUCAGCCUCAGUCUCAGCCUCAGCCCCAGCCUCAACCCCAGCCUCAACCCCAGCCCCAGCCUCAGCCCCAGCCCCAGCCUCAGUCUCAGCCUCAGCCUCAGCCCCAGCCUCAGCCCCAGCCUCAGCCCCAGCCCCAGCCUCAGCCCCAGCCCCAGCCUCAGUCUCAGCCUCAGCCUCAGCCCCAGCCUCAGCCUCAACCCCAGCCUCAGCCCCAGCCCCAGCCUCAGCCCCAGCCCCAGCCUCAGUCUCAGCCCCAGCCUCAACCCCAGCCUCAGCCCCAGCCCCAGCCUCAGCCCCAGCCCCAGCCUCAGUCUCAGCCUCAGCCUCAGCCCCAGCCUCAGCCCCAGUCUCAGGCCCAGCCUAAGCCUCAGCCCCAGCCUCAGCCCCAGCCUCAGCCCCAGCCUCAGCCUCAGCCUCAGUCUCAGCCCCAGCCUCAACCCCAGCCUCAGCCCCAGCCCCAGCCUCAGCCCCAGCCCCAGCCUCAGUCUCAGCCUCAGCCUCAGCCCCAGCCUCAGCCCCAGCCUCAGCCCAGCCCCAGCCUCAGCUCUCCCCAGCCCCAGCCUCAGCCUCAGCCUCAGCCUCAGCCUCAGCCUCAGCCCCAGCCUCAGCCUCAGUCUCAGCCCCAGCCCAGCCUCAGCCUCAGCCUCAGCCUCAGCCUCAGCCUCACCUCAGUCUCACCCCAGCCUCAGUCUCAGCCCCAGCCUUAGCCCCAGCCUCAGUCUCAGCCCCAGCCCCAGCCUCAGUCUCAGCCCCAGCCUCAGCCUCAGCCUCAGUCUCAGCCCCAGCCUCAGCCUCAGCCUCAGCCCCAGCCUAAGCCUCAGCCCCAGCCUCAGCCCCAGCCUCAGCCCCAGUCUCAGCCCCAGCCCCAGCCUCAGUCUCAGCCUCAGCCUCAGCCUCAGCCCCAGCCUCAGCCCCAGCCUCAGCCCCAGCCCCAGCCUCAGCCCCAGCCUCAGUCUCAGCCUCAGCCUCAGCUCCAGCCCCAGCCUCAGUCUCAGCCUCAGCCCCAGCCUCAACCCCAGCCUCAGCCCCAGCCCCAGCCUCAGCCCCAGCCCCAGCCUCAGUCUCAGCCUCAGCCUCAGCCUCAGCCCCAGCCUCAGCCCCAGCCUCAGCCCCAGCCCCAGCCUCAGCCCCAGCCCCAGCCUCAGUCUCAGCCUCAGCCUCAGCCCCAGCCUCAACCUCAACCCCAGCCUCAGCCCCAGCCCCAGCCUCAGCCCCAGCCCCAGCCUCAGUCUCAGCCUCAACCCCAGCCUCAGCCCCUGCCCCAGCCUCAGCCCCAGCCCCAGCCUCAGUCUCAGCCUCAGCCUCAGCCCCAGCCUCAGCCCCAGCCUCAGCCCCAGCCUAAGCCUCAGCCCCAGCCUCAGCCCCAGCCUCAGCCCCAGCCUCAGCCCCAGCCUCAGCCCCAGCCCCAGCCUCAGUCUCAGCCCCAGCCUCAGUCUCAGCCUCAGUCUCAGUCUCAGUCUCAGCCUCAGCCUCAGCCUCAGCCUCAGCCUCAGCCUCAGCCCCAGCCUCAGCCUCAGUCUCAGCCCCAGCCCCAGCCUCAGCCUCAGCCUCAGCCUCAGCCUCAGCCUCAGUCUCAGCCCCAGCCUCAGUCUCAGCCUCAGCCUCAGCCCCAGCCCCAGCCUCAGUCUCAGCCUCAGCCCCAGCCUCAGUCUCAGCCUCAGUCUCAGCCUCAGUCUCACCCUCAGCCUCAGCCUCAGCCCCAGCCUCAGCCUCAGUCUCAGCCCCAGCCCCAGCCUCAGCCACAGCCUCAGCCUCAGCCUCAGCCUCAGUCUCACCCCCAGCCCCAGCCUCAGCCCCAGCCCCAGCCUCAGUCUCAGCCUCAGCCUCAGCCUCAGCCCCAGCCCCAGCCUCAGUCUCAGCCCCAGCCUCAGUCUCAGCCUCAGUCUCACCCCCAGCCUCAGUCUCAGCCUCAGCCUCAGCCCCAGCCCCAGCCUCAGUCUCAACCUCAGCCUCAGUCUCAGCCCCAGCCCCAGCCCCAGCCUCAACCUCAGCCUCAGUCUCACCCCAGCCUUAGCCCCAGCCUCAGCCUCAGCCCCAGCCCCAGCCUCACCUCAGUCUCAGCCCCAGCCCCAGCCUCAACCUCAGCCUCAGUCUCACCCCAGCCUCAGUCUCAGCCCCAGCCUUAGCCCCAGCCUCAGUCUCAGCCCCAGCCCCAGCCUCAGCCUCAGCCCCAGCCUCAGUCUCACCCCCAGCCUCAGCCUCAGUCUCAGCCCCAGCCCCAGCCCCAGCCCCAGCCUCAGUCUCAGCCUCAGCCCCAGCCCCAGCCCCAGCCUCAGCCUCAGCCUCAGCCUCAGCCUCAGUCUCAGCCCCAGCCCCAGCCUCAGCCUCAGCCUCAGCCUCAGCCUCAGUCUCAGCCCCAGCCUCAGCCCCAGCCCCAGCCUCAGCCUCAGCCUCAGCCUCAGUCUCAGCCCCAGCCUCAGCCUCAGCCUCAGCCUCAGCCUCAGUCUCAGCCCCAGCCCCAGCCCCAGCCCCAGCCCCAGCCCCAGCCUCAGUCCCAGUCCCAGUCUCAGCCUCAGCCUCAGCCUCAGCCUCAGCCCCAGCCCCAGCCCCAGCCUCAGCCUCAGCCCCAGCCCCAGCCCCAGCCCCAGCCUCAGUCCCAGUCUCAGCCUCAGCCCCAGCCUCAGUCUCAGCCUCAGCCCCAGCCCCAGCCUCAGCCUCAGCCUCAGCCUCAGCCUCAGCCCCAGCCCCAGCCUCAGUCUCAGCCCCAGCCCCAGCCCCAGCCCCAGCCUCAGUCCCAGUCUCAGCCCCAGCCUCAGUCUCAGCCUCAGCCCCAGCCCAGCCUCAGCCUCACCCCAGCCCCAGCCCCAGCCCAGCCCCAGCCCCAGCCUCAGCCCCAGCCUCAGCCUCAGCCUCAGUCUCAGCCCCAGCCCCAGCCUCAGUCUCAGCCCCAGCCCCAGCCUCAGUCUCAGCUUCAGCCCCAGCCCCAGCCCCAGCCUCAGCCUCAGCCUCAGCCUCAGCCCCAGCCUCAGCCCCAGCCCCAGCCUCAGCCCCAGCCCCAGCCCCAGCCUCAGCCUCAGCCUCAGCCUCAGCCUCAGCCCCAGCCCCAGCCUCAGCCCCAGCCCCAGCCUCAGCCUCAGCCCCAGCCUCAGCCUCAGCCUCAGCCUCAGCCUCAGCCUCAGUCUCAGCCCCAGCCCCAGCCCCAGCCUCAGCCCCAGCCUCAGCCCCAGCCCCAGCCUCAGUCUCAGUCUCAGCCCCAGCCUCAGCCCCAGCCUCAGCCCCAGCCCCAGCCUCAGCCCCAGCCUCAGCCCCAGCCCCAGCCUCAGUCUCAGCCUCAGCCCCAGCCUCAGCCCCAGCCCCAGCGUCAGUCUCAGCCUCAGCCUCAGCCUCAGCCCCAGCCCCAGCCUCAGCCCCAGCCCCAGCCCCAGCCUCAGCCUCAGUCUCAGCCCCAGCCUCAGUCUCAGCCUCAGUCUCACCCCCAGCCUCAGUCUCAGCCACAGCCUCAGCCCCAGCCUCAGUCUCAGCCCCAGCCCCAGCCUCAACCUCAGCCCCAGCCUUAGCCCCAGCCCCAGCCUCAGUCUCAGCCCCAGCCCCAGCCUCAGCCUCAGCCCCAGCCUCAGUCUCAGUCUCAGCCCCAGCCCCAGCCUCAGCCCCAGCCCCAGCCUCAGCCCCAGCCUCAGCCUCAGCCCCAGCCCCAGCCCCAGCCCCAGCCUCAGCCUCAGCCUCAGCCUCAGCCCCAGCCUCAGCCCCAGCCCCAGCCCCAGCCCCAGCCUCAGCCUCAGCCCCAGCCCCAGCCUCAGCCUCAGCCCCAGCCCCAGCCUCAGCCUCAGCCUCAGCCUCAGUCUCAGCCUCAGCCUCAGCCUCAGCCCCAGCCCCAGCCCCAGCCCCAGCCUCAGCCUCAGCCCCAGCCUCAGCCUCAGCCCCAGCCUCAGCCCCAGCCCCAGCCUCAGCCCCAGCCCCAGCCUCAGCCUCAGCCCCAGCCCCAGCCCCAGCCCCAGCCUCAGCCCCAGCCCCAGCCCCAGCCCCAGCGUCAGUCUCAGCCUCAGCCUCAGUCUCAGCCCCAGCCCCAGCCUCAGCCUCAGCCCCAGCCUCAGCCUCAGCCCCAGCCCCAGCCUCAGCCUCAGCCCCAGCCUCAGCCUCAGCCUCAGCCUCAGCCUCAGCCUCAGCCUCAGCCCCAGCCCCAGCCUCAGCCUCAGCCUCAGCCUCAGCCUCAGCCUCAGUCCUCAGCCUCAGCCUCAGCCCCAGCCUCAGCCUCAGCCCCAGCCCCAGCCUCAGCCUCAGCCUCAGCCCCAGCCCCAGCCCCAGCCCCAGCCCCAGCCUCAGCCCCAGCCUCAACCUCAGCCUCAGCCUCAGCCCCAGCCUCAGUCUCAGCCUCAGUCUCAGCCCCAGCCCCAGCCUCAGCCCCAGCCUCAGCCCCAGCCCCAGCCCCAGCCUCAGCCUCAGCCCCAGCCCCAGCCUCAGCCUCAGCCCCAGCCCCAGCCCCAGCCCCAGCCUCAUCUCAGCCUCAGCCUCAGCCUCAGCCACAGCCUCAGCCUCAGCCUCAGCCACAGCCACAGCCACAGCCUCAGCCUCAGCCACAGCCACAGCCUCAGCCACAGCCUCAGCCUCAGCCACAGCCACAGCCUCAGCCUCAGCCUCAGUCUCAGCCUCAGCCCUCAGCCACAGCCUCAGCCACAGCCUCAGUCUCAGCCUCAGCCUCAGUCUUAG